AUGUCUUCUUCUUCUUCUGGCCUUCAUAACUCUCCAAGAGUUUUUGCCGCCAUCAAUAAAGUAUGUACUAAAAAAAAUACUUUUUAUCUGACUGACCAAGGUUGUUAGUUCAUCCAAGUAUAUCUCGCUUAAUACGAUCUACUCUGUAGUACAGUAUAAAUACCUGUGUAAGAUUUUAAAUCUGAACUAGUAAAAUCCGAGCAUAUAAUUAAAAUAAUUACUCAACACUCUAACCGUCUGCUCUAUAAUAUUUUUGUUUGACCUGUUUAUUUCUCUGCAUAUGUCAAUUGUUCAUAACUGUAUGUUACAUUACUAACUAAUUAUGUUUUCUUUUUUUUUUCAUAUAAUCUUAUAACCCUGGGCCUCCUACGAGGCUCCUCAGUGAGGCCCAUAUUCUUUGCAAGUAGUAAAUAAAUAUAAUAAUAGCAUAUUUCAUCCAGCGACCUAUAUAUUGAGUGUAAUUUGGCCACGGUCUUUUCAUUCAUACAUUAUGUUUUUAUGACCUGUUGAGAUAAUAGAAGGCCGUGUAUAGCCGAUGAUUGACAAGAAGGUGCAUCGUAGGUACCACGUGGACUCAAGAGAUGGUGUGGUGCAUAUCGAGCGAUUUAGAUUUCGAAGGCGCCAAACAGUUUCUUCCCGAACGGUUUCCGUUCCUGGAUCACACGCCGCUUUUUGACUAUGAGAAAGACUUGUUGGAAAAACCCGAUCUUAAACUUCCGCUUUACGUGUUGGACUCUAUCGAGUACAUCAAUCGCAUGAAAUCUCCCAGAUAUAUCAAGACACACUUGCCGUACAAGUUGUUGCCCACCAAACUGAAGGAUCAGUCGACCAAAGCCAAAAUCGUGUACGUGGCCAGAAACGCCAAAGACACAUGUCUCUCGUACUUCCACCAUUGUCGACUGCUGGAAGGGUACAAGGGAAAUUUCGAUGAUUUCUGUAAACUUUUCACUUCAGAUUCGCUGUGUUUUAGUCCGUUUUUCGACCACUUACUCGGCUAUUGGGAACAACGGAACGACCCGAGGGUACUAUUUUUGAAAUACGAAGACAUGAAACGGGACCUCCGGUCGGUCAUUCGCCGGACCGGCAAGUUCCUGGGUAAAGAUCUAGCCGACGAUCAAGUGCUGGCGUUGGAGGAUCACUUGAGCUUCGAGAGCAUGAAAAACAACAGGGCGGUAAACUACGAACCUGUAAUAGAAAUCAACAAGACGUACAAUCUAAUCGACGCCGAUGGGAGCUUCAUGAGGAGUGGCAAAGUAGGCGGUGGCAAAGAGAAGAUGUCACAAGAGUUUGUGAAAUUAUUCGACGAAUGGGAAGGCGAGUGUUUGGAAAAUAGCGGACUAAGUUUUGAUUGAUUUUUGUUUUGAAGGUAUUCGUCGUAAUAGGUGUUUCAAAUUUGAAACAACUAUGGGUUUCAUCACAAACAUAAUUUAUAUACAUGAUUUUAUAUUUUUAGUUAUACUUAUAAUGAGAUUGCCAACCAGAAUAGCAUGAAUAGGUAGACAUUUAGAAGGAAUUAUAAAAAGUGUGUAUGUCUAAAGUUGUAUUUUUGUUUUCUCGAGUUGUUAAUAUAUAUAAAUUGUCUUUUUCGAAGAACUUUAUGUACCCCAAAAAAGUUUUCUCAUUCGUGCCGGUGUGCAAUUUUAUUUGAACAAAUUAAGUACUGAUUUUCACGAACUGGUAAUGUAAUUUAUAUCGCCACGUGCUUGGCUAGUCUGAGAUGAUUUAUUUUCAAACCGUUUUGACAGGUUAUUGACAUGAUAACUCGCAAACCACUGAACCAAUAUUUUUUUCUGUACUUAGAUAUAGAAUGUGUGUUUUUUUUAGCUUGUAUUUGAUUUAAGUUAAUAAUUUUGUCAUUUGGAAACAAAUUAUUUAUGACAAAAUCUACGUAAAACGUGUUUGUAUGCUAAUGAAACCGUAUUUUUACAACACAACAGCAACUUUUUCUAAUUAUAACUUUAUAUUCAAGCAAUUUUUGAAUUUUUAUUAAUUAUAUAUAUAUAUAUAUGAAAUCACGAAACAACCAAACUCAAGGAUAUAUUUCUGUUCUCACUGAAAAACAACAUUAAAAAAAAAUUUUCUUGUAAUUCUUCUUGGUAAUGACUAAUGACGCACAACUUAAAAGUCAUAACCAGCUUUAGCCUUUAUAAAUAAAUCACCAAAAAAACCUUAAAAUUCAAUAAUUUUUGUAACUUUCACACUAGACUCCUCCCUACAUACUUUUUUGUUGAAAAUUAAAUUAAAAUCUUAAUCUUUUAGUCUUACAAAUAAAACAGACAUCAGUCUUAUGCUGCAAAUAUAAAUAUGAUUUUCAAUAAUUUAGAAACGUAUU